CCCCCCCCCUCGUGAUCUUAUGAUCAUAGGAGAAGAGCGGAAGCAAAAACCGCUGGAGAUCCUCGCUCUGGAACUGCUUCCUAUACGACCAUUGGAAAGUGCGUUCACUGCUUCUGCUAAAAAGCCGGAUUUUGGGAUUUGCUGCCGUUUUGCUUGAUGGUACACAUGAUUUUGCUCACUCUUUUCUGCUUGCUGGCUGCUGUCGACGGUCAACAAAAUGGGACUAUCUGUGCACCAUCUCCUACUGGAUUUAGAGAUUUGUUCAUCAAUAUGUGUACAAAUUUGCAAUUGAGAGAAUGGGAUGAAGGAUCGUCUUCUCAGUGUGCUGGCUACUGGGAUGCAUUUUCUUCAUCUUUUGCAAACAUGGACCCUAGCUCUGUUACUACAAAAAACUAUGAAGAUUACUUUGACAUGUUCCCGAUAACCACUAAGAUGGACACGUUCUUGUUUUGGUCUGGAACUAUGGACUUGUUAGGGAUGUUGAGUUGCAUGUGUGAUGCUGCUGACGUGUUUUCGGCCGCAAAUUACCCCCCAAUUGCAAUCAUGGGCAGUAUUGCUGAACAAUUAGGAAUGAUGAUGGCUGAAUUGCGCUGGUGUGGAACUAUAGCUACUUCAGGAGACGGCAUAAAGUAUACCGGAAUGUGCGAAUGUAUGGUUUCCUACGCUUUCUUCCAGGAGUUUUCAGUCAGAUUUGCUAAAGCUGCAAGAGGCACCAUCUUUUAUCUCGGCAAUGGGGAGUCUGAAAAUGGAGCAUUCAGCGAAGAAUCUUUUUUUGCUAAACAUGAGAUUCCCUAUUUGAAGUCUGAUUUGACACCUUCCGCAGUUAUUCUGGUGGUGCAUAAUAACACCGUGAGUCGCGCAGGGUCAAGAUCUUGUGGACAAGAGCCGCUGAUCACUCUUAAGAACAGACUACAGGCAAAGAACAUUGCAUCCACCUGCUACGAUGUUUACGGUUAUCCCAUCAAUAAUAGCACUAGCUUGGAACAACUUACGGGAUGCACUGCCAGAAUUAUCACUAGCAUACAAGAAGGGAUGGAGCCUGCAGAUGAUGAUUGUUUCUCGAAGGAGACAUCUAGUAGUGUUCCUGGACAACGUAUCCCACCAGCAACAAUUGCUGUGUUGGCAUUUCUGGCACUAUCCGUAUUGUUUUAACAAGAAACUGUGUAUAUUGAUAAUUAUUAUAGUUACGGACUCACCUAUAAUUAUAAUUUUAGCAUGCAUGGUAGAUACUAGUAACCAAUGAAAUGCUCGAUGUAAGACAUGCCACAUGCAUGCAUGUAUACUCAAUCAAUUAUAUGCACACCUGUAAAAAUGAUUUUCAUGUUGCUAAUGAGUUGUGCAAUAAACAUA